AUGCAGCGGCAGGAGGCUGACGUCGAUGACUGGCAGGUGGAUGAGGCCGCAUUCGACCAAAUUGACCAGCUCAUUGCGCAGCGGUUCGGGGACAAGGUCCAGGCUCCGCAGACGUCGGCAGCGCAACCGCAGGCUCGCCCCACGCCGGGCGCGCGGCCGCAGACGGGCGCGCUGUCCUUCACGCCGUCCCACCUCGUCAACGGCGGCCACGCGCGGCCGCCCGCCCCUCGUCCGGCCCAGUACCACACGCCGCCACCUCGAAUACCAAGCCAUCCCCCACACAGCAGCGGGUUCCGAACCGCAGCGGCGCUCGACAUGCGUCCGGUGGCGCGGCCUCCCGCGGCGCAAGCCAGCGCCCCGCCGGCUCUUCCGAUGGGCCGCGUGACGCAGAUGGCGGCGGCGGCGAUGCGGGCCAACGGUGCCCAGGGUCCUCCGCAUGAGGUCACGCAGCUCCGGCAGACGCUGCAACAGCACGAGGGCGCGAGCCGCAUGCUCAAAGAUAAGGUUGCGUCGCUUGAGCGCGAGAACCACAGGCUGUUGCAACAGCUGGCGACGGCAAACGCGGCGGCCAACACCUCCGGGGGGCUGGGCCAGUCCAGCCAGGGAUAUGCGGGGAGCGGUUCGCAGAGCACGGUGAUGGCGCUGCAGAAGCAGAUAGAGCUGCUGCAGAAGCAGAUCGCGUUCAAAGCCGAGGAGCAGGCGCAGGCAGCCAUGGCCCACCAAGAGGUCGGAGCGCGGCUCGCGGCCGCCGAGGCGGAGACGCAGCGGCUGCGGGAGGCUCGUGACGCGGUAGAGCUGCAGAGGAAAGCCGCAGAGGAACAGCUGCACGUCGUGCGUCAGCAGGCCGCGCACGCCAGCGCCGCGCCCCGCAGGCAGUCGGACACUGCAAAUGGGAGCCAAAGCGCGGGGUUGCAGCCGGGCGUGAGCCCGGCGCGGGCGCCUGCUGACGAGGUGCGCGCGUUCGCGGCGCCACUCGCGACGCUGCGGGCCGCGGUGGUCGCGGAAGACCCCCCCGCAGCUCUGGCAGUCGUGCGCGCAAAACACCCCGGCCUCCUCGAGGCGACGACGCCACGACGUCCACGGGCAGCGGACGACGAUGUGUCGCUCGGGUCGGCGAGGACGUGGACGAGCUUUGCGGCGGUGACAGCGUUGGAGGAGAAGAAUCAGGUGGUCGAUGGCGCCGUGGUUGUAUCUGCACGCAGCCACGCAGGGGCGCUGCUGCGAUCCGUCGAGGAAGGUCGCGCACCGCUCUCCGAGGUGAUGUGGCACCUCUGCCGCUGUGCAACGAAUCUCGGUCGAGCGGUCCUCGCCGCGGCGCCCCCGGGCUCCGCGGAGACGCCCCUGCCGCCAUCGUUGAAGGGGGCGCAGGAAUUCGUCGACGCCGCCGUAGACGCGAUCGCCGCGCUGCUGACGUGCUCUUCGGAGGCCGCAUCAGCGAUGGGCGACGCCGUGUGCGCGGGCCCCAGCGCGGCGUCGCGCAGGCGGCGUCCGCGCAUGCUGGUGGAUGGCGAGGCAAUUCCGCGGGGUGGCGCGUCGGUGCCGAACACGCAGGCCGCGAGCUCCGCAAAGGACUUCAUCCAGCUGCUCUGCGACAUGAUCGUCAUGCCAGCUGGGCCCGUGCCUUCGCCGUCGGCGCACGCGAGCCAGCACAGCGCGCACGGUGCUGCGCAGCGCUUGGCAGACAGUCGCGUGGACGCCGUUGGGUCCGCGUUGUGCGCAGUGGCGGCGAGCGUGCCGGGCGACGAGCGCCAGCCGCUCGAGCACGUGAUGACCUCGGGCGCCGCCGCGACGGUCGCGCUCCGGGCGCCACGCACGGGCUUGCGUCUCUGCACCCUCUUGCUCGGCUGCGCGGAGGUGACGGAGCGGCUUGCGAGUGGGCUGGAGCCCGCGAUGGGCGACACGAGCGAGGCGUGGGCUGCUCAGGUCCCCGAGGCACUCGCGAGGGCGAUCAGAGGCGCUCAGAGCUGGGACGCUGAAGCAAACAUUGCACUCGGAGGCUUCUUCGCGGCUCGGCACGCGGACGCGGUGUCGCCGUCGCACGCGCACGUCCUCGGUGGCGUCCAGGAGCAGGCGCUCGCGAUGGUCUCUUCCUGGCUGCUCGCGCCCGACGGCCACACGGCGUUGUUGACUGCCGCCAUCGACCAUCCGAACGGGAUGCUGGACGCCGUGGUGACGGCGUGCGCGGCGCUGUCGUCAUGCGCCUACACUCAGUACGUCGUAGACUGGCCGCUCCUGCCUGUUCCCACGCCCGCGGAGGCGGCGGCAGGCAUGAGCGGCCCGGAGCUGCAAGCAGCCGCGUGUGCAGUCGGGCUGCAGGGUCUCAAGCUGCUCGUCCACGCGCUCCUCAUCCUUUGGGCUGUCGUUUCCGGGCCCCGGACGGGCGAGCUCGCGACGGAGCUCCUCGGCGGCGGCUGUGCGAACGCGUCGCGGACCUUGUGUGCGCAUCUCGAGCAGUUCGCGCAGUCCUUCUCGGCGAAGGGAGAACAGCGGAUCAGCAGCCAGACCCCCGAGCUCGGUCGCUGGAUCGGGCUGCGCACGGUCGUCGCGCCCUUUUCGGGGGCGUUGGCGAGGAGCGGGCUGGGUGCGGCGUGCCGCGGAGUGACCAUGGCAUCACGCGAGAGCUCCGACGGAGUGGCUGUUUGCCUGCCGAUCGAGAUGGAGGCCUGGGGCGGCGUACUGCAGCGCGCGUUUCUGUCGGCGACGGGGCAGGCUAUGCACCCCGGCGAGGCGUGUCCAGGUCGCCUCACUGCACAUGAUGCCUCUGCACUGGCGCGGUGGUUGCGCGGGUGUCUCGCCGACCACCUCGACGAGUAG